UCUUUUUUAAUUUAAGUUCUCACCAUUUUUGUUUUUUGUUUUUUUGUUUCAAUUUUCUCUCUAUUUAAACUCUCUCAAAAAACCCAAUAUUGUUUCAAUUUUCUACAAAAUUUCAAGCAAAAAUUAUGGGAAGGCCUCCAUGUUGUGAUAAAGAAGGUGUGAAGAAAGGUCCAUGGACUCCUGAAGAAGAUAUUGUUCUUGUUUCUUAUAUUCAACAACAUGGCCCUGGCAACUGGAGGGCUGUUCCUUCUAAUACAGGUUUGCUUAGAUGUAGCAAGAGUUGUAGAUUGAGAUGGACCAACUAUCUUCGACCUGGAAUCAAAAGAGGUAACUUUACUGAUCAAGAAGAGAAAAUGAUCGUGCAUCUUCAAGCCCUUUUGGGAAAUAGAUGGGCAGCGAUAGCUUCGUAUCUUCCGCAAAGGACGGAUAACGAUAUAAAGAAUUAUUGGAAUACGCAUUUGAAAAAGAAGUUGAGGAAGGUUCAAGUGAGGUCAAAUAGUUAUGGAGAUACAUCAAAGCAAGGAAUGGCAAGAGGGCAGUGGGAAAAAAGGCUUCAAACUGAUAUUAGAAUGGCAAGACAAGCAUUAUGGGAAGCUCUUACACCACAAACUUCAACUACUGAUUUCUCUGAAUUAUUGUUAAACCCUUCUUCACUUGGUUGUUUCUCAACAAAGCAAGCCCAAGCUCAAGCUCAAGCUCAAGCUCAAGCUCAAGCCCAAACUCAGGCCCAAGCCACAGCUUAUGCUUCAAGUACUGAGAAUAUAGCCAAGUUGUUGACUGGUUGGAUGAAGACUCCGGCCAAGACGGAGGUUAAAACCGAGUCCAGUGGUGGCAGCGGAGGUGAUGGCGGUGGCGAUGGGGAAUUCAGGUCGAUUUUGAGAUACGAGUGUUAUGAAAAUGGUAAUACAUGUGAGAAUCAUGAGGAGGGGAUGAAUUGUGAAGGAUUGCCAUUUUCUAUGAUUGAGAAAUGGUUGUUAGAGGAAAGUGGUGGAGCUCAACCAAGAGAUUGUGAGCUUAAUGAUAUUGGAAUAUUGGAUGAAAAUAUAUGAAUAUUGAAGAAAUUAGACAUCAUUAUCUUUCAUUAUUUUACCUAAACAUACUGUUUUCUUUUUAGAUUUCUUUGGAGGGAAUAUUUUUUCAUCUCUCCUUUACAUUCUCUUAACGAAUUUAGUUUAUAUUUUCCAAUGUUAAGCAAUAUUGUUAUAGAUCAUGUAAAAAUUUCCAUAUUCAUGUUUCUAUUUUA